AUGCCAUUCAGCGCCAAUCAUCAAUCCGGCGAGGAACAGUCCUCGAAGCCACCAGUGCUCCAGUUUUAUGGACCACCUGUACCACCAGCACCGCUCACCGCUGAGAAGGAGAAGUCUAUCCAGGAUGCGGAGAAGUUCCUGGAGGAGCAGAAACGAGUCGGGGGGUACAUGGGCGAGCAGGGCCUCUGGAGUAUUCUCCGCGCCAAAUGUGCCGCUGUACGCACCAAAGAGGACCAGCAAGAAGCCUCCCGGUUGGCGAUGAUUCAUUUCACUUUCUACCCUUUUCGCCGAACCCAUCCUUUGUCGUGGGAUCCCAAUAGAGCGGAAGAUACUCAGUCAGGAGGACUACCCACAGAGCAAGGGGACGAGCCAAAAAUGUCCCACAGCGAGGACAACCAUGCUUGCGAACCGCUUGUAAUGGUGUGGAUAGAUGGAGAUCAGGCUCGAGAGCCAUCUGAAACUCGCUAG